GAGAAGAGUGAAAGUAGACAAAACACACAGGCUCGUCAUCACAGGCAGAGAGUGGCGACCCUAGACAGACAAGUAGGCAGUGACACAAACCUGGCAGCCUCCCACACCUGGCACUGGCACUCCCACAACCACGUCAGCCCGCGUAAAGGCAACAUGAGGAGCUGGGGAGUGACAUUGGUGGUGGUGAUGGUGGUGGUGGCGGGGUGUGUGCAGGGUCACACUCACCACCUGCACAACCCACACAAGGAGCGAGAGGCGGAUGGAUCUCGCUCACCACGCGACCACGCACACUACGAGGACGGAGAGCACCAUGUCGAGUUUGACCACGAGGCAAUCUUAGGCAGCACUAAGGAGGCAGAGGAGUACGACCAGCUUCCCCCUGCCGAGGCUAAGCGCAGGCUGGAGGUGCUGCUGCUGAAGAUGGACCGCAAUAACGACAAGACCAUUGACCGCAAGGAACUGCACUCCUGGAUCCUGCGCUCCUUCAGGAUGCUAUCGGAGGAGGAGAGUGCUGAGCGGAUGGACGAAGUGGAUGAGGAUGAGGACGGAUAUGUGACCUGGGCGGAGUAUAUUUCAGAGACUUAUGGCAUCAAUGACCCUGACGACCAGAAGCUGCUGGAGAAGGAGGACCAGGCGGAGGAGCAGAGGCUGCUACGCGAAGACCGACAGCUGUUCAACGCGGCAGACAAGAACAUUGAUGGCCGGCUGGACGAGGAGGAAUUUCUGGCGUUCUCCCACCCUGAGGCACCCGACAUGCUGCCCGUCAUCCUGGAGCAGACCCUGGAGGAGAAGGAUACCAACAAGGAUGGAAACAUUGACUUCCAGGAGUACAUUGGCGAUAAAGAGAAAUAUGGUGCAGGGAAGACAGACGAGGAAAUGAAGCUAAGAAAGGAGAGGUUCCUUUCUUUCGACAUUGAUGGGGAUGCAAUGUUGAGCCGUGACGAAUUUCUUUUUAUGAAGAAUGCAAAUUAUAACAAGGACAUAGCCGAGGAUGAAGUGGACCAUCUGUUUGGCGCAGCAGAUGACGACGGGGAUGACCUGCUGUCCUUCCUGGAGGUGCUGGAGCAUCAUGACGUGUUUGUCGGCUCGGAGGCAACAGACUACGGCGACCACCUCCACAACCUGGACCGCUUUGAGGACGAGUUGUGAGGGGCAGCGGAGUGUGUGGUGGUGAGGGGCUGGUCAGGGAACGCUCUGAACUUUUUCCAUCCCUUCCCCAGUGCAUUUUCCACUCCCACCAGCCUUCCUGCCCUUCGCCCUUUUGUAUUUUUGGAUCUGUGGGAAGGUGUGUGUGUCCUGGCUCGCUUCCGUUCCUGCUUGUUUCCUUCCUGUUUCAUGGCUCUCUUGUGUGUGAGUAAGGAAAGUUGCAGGAUUGACUAGGUUGUGACUUUGUGUAGAGGAAGAGGUGAUGGGAGGUGUGUGUGUUUGGAGAGAGAUGGAGUGUAGAGAUCGAGGUAGAGAAGUGGUAAAGAGGAUGUAAUGCUACAUGUUCCCUUACAUUGCAUUUGUUAGUCCCCAUCUUAGUCUGAGGUGCUGUGGCUGUCCAUCAUUAGCUUCACCACUCAGGAAAUUAAGAAACAGUAGAAAUUUCCUCUGGUUUGUCCCCUCUUCCUCCACCCCUAGUCCUUUUCCCAGCCUAGUGUUUAGUACGAGUGUGGUGUUGGGGACAGUGAGGCAAGGUUGGGAAGGGUUUGUGUUUCUUCCCACCUACUCUGUUUCUUGGGUCUUGUUUCAAGUCUGGAGGUGACGACACACACCACUACUGUUCUGUACACUGUUGACACCAAGAGAGAGAGUAAGUGAGAGAGAAAUAUGUGGAGGGUGGACUGAGAGUGUGUGUUUAUUGAGUGGGGGUGGAUGUGGGGAGUGACUGUGGGUUUGUCAACAUACUGUGGGGGACAUACUGAGAGAGAGAGA